AUGCUACGGCCCUUCAGGUUACGGCCACCGUGUUGGACAGCCUCCUUGGCCUUCCGUACCACCGUGUUUCUCGAGGCCCCGUGGCUUCGCCUUUUGCAGGAACUCCGCCCAGAGCUCGCGCUGACCUGGUCGCCCGACAGCGUUGGAGGCACUUCGGCUCUGCCCAGCCUGGCCCUCGCUCAAGACGUGGUCGCCUCGAGGAUCGCUUUCACAGGCGUGCCGGAGUUCGACCCCUGUCCUUACCUGGACGACAAGCUCCGCGACCUCUACCUGAGGCCCAAGGACUUUGCGUGCAGCUUUUCCGACCUCCUCGUGUACCCCCCUAGA